GCUAGCCGCCCACUCUACUUUCGGAGGAUCACACACACAUCCUCUCCACCGAGCUCCACCUUUGCGGAGGGAGCUGCAUUUCUUCCACCUCAGGCACACGUCGGCGAUGUCGGGCAGGCGGUCGCGCGGCUCCGUGUCGGAGGAGGAGAUCAACGAGCUCAUCUCCAAGCUCCAGUCCCUGCUCCCCACCGCUCGCCGCCGCGGUGGCAGCAGUAGCAGCAGCAGCCAGGCUUCGACGGCGAAGAUGCUCAAGGAGACAUGCAGCUACAUCAAGACCCUGAACCGGGAAGUGGAGGACCUCAGCGACCGCCUCACCGACCUCAUGGCCACCAUGGACCAAAACAGCCCCGCCGCCGAGAUCAUCCGCAGCCUCCUCCGCUAACCAGCUAUACCUACUGCUCAUCAUCACCUCGUGCUGAUUGUCCUAAGCUAUAUUAUAGUAAUAUAGAUCACCCAACAUAUUGUCAUCCCGCUACACAGCUCGUGCUUCCACUAUAGCUAGCUACGUACUAAGUAGUAGUAUAUGCAUACGAAGGAGGACAUGGUAUGUAUGUGUCCGUCGAUCUCUGCACUACAUACAUAUGCAGAUCGAUCGAUGCCUAAGGUCGGACUGCUAAGGCAUAUGCAGCUGGUCUAAUUUUACUGUGGUAGGGCAUAUCAUUAGCUAGCUAGGGCAGCCUAAGUGUUAUAGUGGUUGCUUAGUUAGCCCACACCGGCCAUGAUCAUCCCUGCCACUCGCAUUGGUUUCCUCCCAGUUUCCAUCCCCCUCUAUCUAGCUAGUUAACUAUUUUGUGUAUAAUCUUGUUAAUUUGCGGUCUGGAUCGAGUUGUUUCCCCUACAGACAACCGGCUGAUC